UUCUCAAGAAUUUUGAUUUACUGACACCAACAUUUUCCAUUUUAUAAAUCAAAAUUUUGUCUUUCUCUCGUUUGAAUUCUGUUUCAGAAAGUAGAUUCAAGGGAUCAUGGCUGCUUUCUCCCUCUUCCUCUUCCUCCUUCUUCUAAGCGUUCAAAUCCAUUUUGCACAGGCCCAGAAAUCUCCGGCCGACGAUUGUAACGGCAUCUUCUUGCAGUACGUGUACAGUUCAGGGUCCAUUCUUAAGCCCACUGUGAAGAAGACCCACCAGCCCUACCGAUUCGAGUCCGCCCUUAGUAUCGUCAACAAUGGCGUCGACGAGCUCAAGUCCUGGCGGGUCUUUGUCGGAUUCCAGCACGAUGAGUUCCUCGUCUCCGCCUCCAACUCCGUGCUCGACGACGGCACGUCUCUCCCGGCGGCGGUGGGCAAUGGAACUGUUUUUGCGGGGUUCCCUAGCUCGGAUCUGAAGACGGCGAUCGAGACCGCCGGUGAUUCGACCCAGACGAGUGCUCGGGUCGAGUUGGUCGGGACCCAGUUCGGCGUCGGGUUAGGAAACGCUCCCAUGCCCUCCGACAUUUCGCUCGUCAAUGACGGCUUCAUUUGUCCUAAACCCUCUAUGCAAGGAAACAGUACAAUGAUAGUGUGCUGUACAAAAGACCAGAAAUUCAAGGCUAAUCUGACCAAAGAUGAGGAAUUUCUACCUCGUAAAGAUGGUGAUCUAACAAUUAUGUACGAUAUCACAAGAUCAUAUGAUUCGAAUUACUGGGCGCAGGUGACCAUUGCAAACCAUAAUCCACUUGGCCGUCUUGACAAUUGGGAACUUAGCUGGGAUUGGAUGAGGGAUGAGUUCAUAUAUAACCUGCAAGGGGCUUAUCCAUCUGUAGUUGAUUCAUCCGAAUGCCUCUUUGGCAGGCAGGGCGAGUUUUACAAGGACCUCGACUUCUCAAACGUGUUGAACUGUGAAAGGAGGCCAACUGUUAUUGACCUGCCACUGGAGAAGGCGAACGAUACAGCUCUGGGGAAGGUUCCUUUUUGUUGCAGGAAUGGCACGAUCUUGCCACCCGCGAUGGAUCCCAGCAAGUCUGUGUCUGCAUUCGUGAUGAAUGUGUUUAAGAUGCUUCCUGAUCUCAACCGCUCCUUGUUCACCCCACCCCAGAAUUGGAAGAUCAGCGGGCGCCUCAAUCCAGAUUAUAAAUGUGGACCCCCGGUUCGUGUAAGUCCCAGUGAAUUCCCGGAUCCUAGUGGACUGCUGCCAAAUAAAGCAGUGUUUGCUAGCUGGCAAGUGGUGUGCAGCAUUAUUACCCAACCGAAGAGAGCGAGCCCGAGAUGCUGUGUCUCGUUUUCUGCUUACUACAACGACUCUGUCAUCCCUUGCUCGACCUGUGCCUGUGGCUGCCCUGCCAAUACAGCCAAGACUUGUAGUGCCAAAGCGCCCGGGCUUCUCCUUCCAGCCCAGUCUCUGUUGGUUCCUUUCGAGAAUAGAACCAAAUUGGCCUUAGCGUGGGCCGGGAUUAACCAUUUCCCUGUGCCAAACCCUUUACCUUGUGCAGAUAACUGUGGUGUUACUAUCAACUGGCAUUUGCUCACAGACUACCGAGGCGGAUGGUCUGCAAGGAUCACGCUGUUCAACUGGGAGAAUUCUGCAUUUGCUGAUUGGUUUGCUGCAGUUGAACUGGAUAAAGCUGCUCCUGGUUUCGAGAAAGUCUAUUCAUUCAAUGGGAGCACACUAAGUGGCGUCGAGAACACAAUAUUCAUGCAGGGCCUUCCUGGAUUGAACUAUUUGGUAGGAGAGACAGACGGGGCGAAUCCUCAGAAGGAUCCCAGAGUACCAGGUAAACAGCAGUCAGUGAUUUCAUUCACAAAGAAGAACACCCCGGGUAUCAACAUCGCUGCUGGUGAUGGUUUCCCGACCAAGGUAUACUUUAACGGAGAAGAGUGUUUGCUACCAAAAAUUCUUCCGAAAAGCAAUUCGUUUAGAGUAAGCUCAUCCAUACUCACUUCCACCAUCCUAGCUCUCCUGGUCUUAUUCAUGUUGUUAAGACUAUAAACACCAUUCUUUAGACUAUUGAUCCAACCAUCCCAAAUUGUUAGUAUAGCCUGAUUGAUGUCUUCAAGAUAUAUUCCCAGAAGACAAAAUCAUUGUAUGUAAUUUUUGUGCUAAGGAUUUUGCCACUCAGUUCUCUAAGUCCAACAUUUGUGUAUAUACAUACAUAUAUUAUG